AUGGUACCUCAGGAUUCCAACUCCCGGCCUCCCAGCGCAAGGGCCAUGCCUAGCGAUCCAGCUGCAAACAACGCAUCUCCAGUAGUCAGCCCUGAACUUCUGGCGGUUUUGCACAAGCUAAGUGAGGGUGUCCAAGCGCUCGGUAGUGGGAUUGACGAGCUGCGGAACUUGCUGCAAAGCUCAGCUGUAUACUCGGCUACCUCUAGGAACACAACUACAGGAACUCCCAAUCGAGGACUUGGGCCCAGUGGCAUAUCAACAGCGGCCAACGAGAAUAACCCUUUAGUUAGGGAUGGCCCAACGAGCUCCCAUAACAACGAUCUAUUCAGAAAGUCGGAAGACGAGAACACGGACACAACUACCUCGCGGCAUGCACACGGUGCCGUCGUAGAUCCAGAAUCGCCAGGCAACAAUAGUGGUCAGUUUGAGAACGACACUAUUCCGCCACCAUUCGUGCCAAAUGAGGAAGUUGUUGCAGGCAGCAAUACCAUUGAAGGCACUGCGGAGCAGCAUAUAUCUCCCAGUGAUCGCCACAGCGAAGUCUUGGAAGACAUUGGCAUUCCUAUCUCUGCCCCUGCCUCCAAUCCUUUGACCAGUGCUCGAGACCAGGAAAUGAUAGAAGCAAAUCAAGCAUUGUCGCAUUCUUUCAACUCAAUAAAUGAACCCAAGACCUUUGACUUGGCGUUCUUACGAGAUCGCCUUCUCAGUCGCGGCGCCAAGUGGGUCAACAUUGGAAGCAGUAUCUUCCUGGCUUUGCCUGGUGGAGGCAAAUUCUUCCUCGAGCCUGACAGGCAACAGACGUCCUCCGCCACCUAUUCGAUAACCCAGUCAGGGGAACUAGAUGAUUCUUAUUUCGAGCAGCAAGAUCAGUUGUGGCAGCUGGCGAGCAGUCAGUGGAAGAGCUGGCUCAAGGACGGCAGUCGUAAUGUAAAAACAAUGCUUGUCUCUUUCGGUAGGUACAAGCAAUCUUGGACGCUCGUUGACGACUGGAAGGAAGAUCAUGUGCCGGAAAAUGAUGAAGUUGUGCAAGUUUAG